AUGCCGUCCUCUGUGAGACUGAGAGUGGUGUGGUGUAGACUACUUUCAUUUUACAGUGAACCAGAGAGUGGGUCACUUCUGCGUUUUGUCUGUAGAUUUACCCCGUACUAUCUUAGUCAUAGGGGAAGUCCUUAAAGUUUACCCCAAAACACUUCUGGGCCCUUUAAAACAAUGGUCGUUUGUCAGUCCCCCAGACAGUUUUUAGGGCCAUUGCUUGAGUAUUUAGGCAGUGCAUUCGGAAAGUAUUCAGACCCCUUAACUUUUUCCACAUUUUGUUACAGUACAGCCUGAUUCUAAAAUUGACUAAAUAUUAUUAUUUUUCAAUCAAUCUAUACACAAUACCCCUCACUCCCUUUAAGAGUGUGCUCCUAAUCUCAGCUCGUUACCUGUAUAAAAGACACCUGGGAGCCAGAAAUAUUUCUGAUUGAGAGGGGGUAAAAUACUUAUUUCCAUUAUUAAAAUGCAAAUCAAUUUAUAACAUUUUUUACAUGCGUUGUUCUGGAUUUUUUUGUUGUUAUUCUGUCUCUCACUGUUCAAAUAAACCUACAAUUAAAAUUAUAGACUGAUCAUUUCUUUGUCAGUGGGCAAACGUACAAAAUCAGCAGGGGAUCACAUACUUUUUUUCUCUCACUGUAUGUGUGUAUAUAUAUAUAUAUGGUUGAAGUCGGAAGUUUACAUACACUUUAUGUGGAUAUAUUGAAGCAACAUCUCAAGACAUCAGUCAGGAAGUUAAAGCUUGGUCGCAAAUGGGUCUUCCAAAAGGACAAUGACCCCAAGCAUACUUCCAAAGUUGUGACAAAAUGGCUUAAGGACAACAAAGUCAAAGUAUUGGAGUGGCCAUCACAAAGCCCUGACCUCAAUCCUAUAGAAAAUUUGUGGGCAGAACUGUAAAAGCAUGUGCGAGUUAGGAGGCCUACAAACCUGACUCAGUUACACCAGCUCUGUCAGGAGAAAUGGGCCAAAAUUCACCCAAUUUAUUGUGGGAAGCUUGUGGAAGGCUACCUGAAACGUUUGACCCAAGUUAAACAAUUUAAAGGCAAUGCUACCAAAUACUAAUUGAGUGUAUGUAAACUUCUGACCCACUGGGAAUGUGAUGAAAGAAAUAAAAGCUGAAAUAAAUCAUUCUCUCUACUAUUAUUCUGACAUAAAAUAAAGUGGUGAUCCUAACUGACCUAAGACAGGGAAUUUUUACUAGGAUUAAAUGUCAGGAAUUGUGAAAAACUGAGUUUAAAUGUGUUUGGCUAAGGUGUAUGUAAACUUCCGACUUCAACUGUAUAUAUAUAUAUAUAACUCAGCAAAAAAAGAAACGUCCCUUUUUCAGGACCCUACCUUUCAAAGAUAAUUCGUAAAAAUCCAAAUAACUUCACAAAUCUUCAUUGUAAAGGUUUUAAACACUGUUUCCCAUGCUUGUUCAAUGAAACAUAAACAAUUAAUGAACAUGCACCUGUGGAACAUGCACCUUAAGACACUAACAGCUUACAGACGGUAGGCAAUUAAGGUCACAGUUAUGAAAACUUAGAACACUAAAGAUGCCUUUCUACUGAUUCUGAAAAACACCAAAAGAAAGAUGCCCAGGGUCCCUGCUCAUCUCCGUGAAUGUGCCUUAGGCAUGCUGCAAGGAGGCAUGAGGACUGCAGAUGUGGCCAGGGCAAUAAAUUGCAAUGUCCGUACUGUGAGACACCUAAGACAGCGCUACAGGGAGACAGGAUGGACAGCUGAUCGUCCUCGCAGUGGCAGACCACGUGUAACAACACCUGCACAGGAUCGGUACAUCCGAACAUCACACCUGCGGGACAGGUACAGGAUGGCAACAACAACUACCCGAGUUAUACCAGGAAUGCACAAUCCCUCCAUCAGUGCUCAGACUGUCCGCAAUAGGCUGAGAGAGGCUGGACUGAGGGCUUGUAGGCCUGUUGUAAUGUUGUGGUUUUGUCUCACCAGGGGUGAUGGUCGGAUUCGCGUUUAUCGUCGAAGGAAUGAGCAUUAUACCGAGGCCUAUACUCUGGAGUGGGAUCGAUUUGGAGGUGGAGUGUCCGUCAUGGUCUGGGGCGGUGUGUCACAGCAUCAUCGGACUGAGCUUGUUGUCAUUGCAGGCAAUCUCAACGCUGUGCGUUACAGGGAAGACAUCAUCCUCCCUCGUGGUACCCUUCCUGCAGGCUCAUCCUGACAUGACCCUCCAGCAUGACAAUGCCACCAGCCAUCGUUCUGUGCGUGAUUUCCUGCAAGACAGGAAUGUCAGUGUUCUGCAAUGUCCAGCGAAGAGCCUGGAUCUCAAUCCCAUUGAGCAUGUCUGGGGCCUGUUGGAUCGGAGGGUGAGGGCUAGGGCCAUUCCCCCCAGAAAUGUCUGGGAUCUUGCAGGUGCCUUGGUGGAAGAGUGGGAUAACAUCACACAGCAAGAACUGGCAAAUCUGGUGCAGUCCAUGAGGAGGAGAUGCACUGCAGUACUUAAUGCAGCUGGUGGCCACACCAGAUACUGACUGUUACUUUUUAUUUUGACCUUCCCUUUGUUCAGGGACACAUUAUUCAAUUUCUGUUAGUCACAUGUCUGUGGAACUUGUUCAGUUUAUGUCUCAGUUGUUGAAUCUUGUUAUGUUCAUAUAAAUAUUUACACAUGUUAAGUUUGCUGAAAAUAAACACAGUUGACAGUGAGAGGACGUUUCUUUUUUUUUGCUGAGUUUGUAUAUAUAUAUGAUAUUAUAAAUACCUCACAUGCGACUCAUGAUAAGACUAUGCAAUUGGCCUAUACAAAUGUUUAUCUGAUGCCAUAAAGAUUAUUUAGCAAUAUGCAAGAGACAAUAGUGGAGUUAUAGUAAUAGAAAGGCCAAGACAUUUCUGAGAAUGGAAUUCUAAAUACAAGUGUAUUUAAUGACUUUGUAAAAGGAAAGAUAACAUUAUUCUAGGCAUGAUCAGAGAGUGAGGGAGAAAUAAACAAGGAAACCAUGGCUUGUCCCAUGGCCGAUAGCUCAUGGGAGAAACAGAAAGAGAGAGAGAGAGUGUGUGUCUCACCACAGCUGAUCAGGAACAAAUAAGAGAGACAGACAAUGAACUGAGUUGUUGACCAAUACUAUUACUGUAAACUUAACCUCCAAUCCGAUAUAAGACCUACAGGAUGCAACUUCUGCUUCUCAGAAGAGAGACAAUAGGGGUUGGAGAGAUAAUGAGGCAUUCCUAAGACAACACAGAGGAAAUUCUUGCAUACAGUUGACAAGAACAGCAACUUUGGGGGCCGGGCUGCCCUACAAUACUGUACAUACUGCACAUAUAACAUCCCAGGUUUACAGGGCAACAGCAAAUCGACUAGAAAGACAUUGCCUAGAAAUCUUAAGGUAUGUUUAUGUGCCUCUCUGUGUGUCUGACCACCAGGUGGAUGAGAUCCUGACGGCCCUGGGGCUGCAGGAGUGUGCCCAGACCCGUACUAUCUCUUUGUCUGGGGGGCAGUGCAAGAGACUGGCCAUCGCCCAGGAGCUGGUCAACAAUCCCCCUGUCAUGUUCUUUGAUGAGCCUACCAGGUAGGUACACACCUGGUAUACUGACACACCUGGUACACACUGACACAGAGGAAAUACUGCAUGAUAAUGACGUUGGGUGGGAAUCUGCUUUGUUGCUGCACUGCGUAAAGGAAUAGCUACCAAGGACAAGCUAAUGUUUGUCACCUCUCUCUCUCUUAGUGGUCUGGAUAGUGCAUCCUGUUUCCAGGUGGUCUCUCUCAUGAAGUCCCUGGCUCAGGGAGGAAGGACAAUCAUCUGCACCAUCCACCAGCCCAGCGCCAAGCUCUUUGAGAUGUUUGAUAAGGUAACUAAAUUCCACAGAAUUAAACAAAACGUUUAUGCCAUUAUACAGUAUGUAUGGUAUUGUACAGUAUCUAGGACUGACUGCCAUAUGCUUUGUCAUUAGCCUAAUCAUUAUCUUAACUGUCGUAAUGAAAGUGAGGUCUAUACUGUUGUGUAUGAUGUCCGGAGCCUGCUGUUUUUCUGUUCUACCUGAUAAUUAAUUGCACACACCUGGUGUCCCAGGUCUAAAUCAGUCCCUGAUUAGAGGGGUACAAUGAAAAAAAGCAGUGGAACUGGCUUUGGGGUCCAGAGUUGAGUUUGAAGGCUCUAGACCAUAUAUCGAGGUCAGUUGUUAUGUAAAGGCAUCAGUGUCAUGUAUAAUUCAGGGACUGAUAUUACAUCAGGCAAAGAUAUGUAAAUAAUACUGUGUAUGUCUCUGUGUUUCCUUCUUUAGCUGUACAUCCUCAGUCAGGGCCAGUGUAUAUACCAUGGGACAGUCCCGUACCUCAUCCCUUACCUAAAGAACCUGGGCCUUCACUGUCCUACCUACCACAACCCUGCAGACUUCAGUGAGUCAGCAUAAGAUCCUGUGUGCAUGCGUGCGUGCAUUCUUGCGUGCGUGCGUGUGUGUGUGACAAUGCAAUCAUUUUUCAAGGUCCUUUUUAGUGGAUCAAGGUUCUUCUUCUUACUUCACUAACUGACUGUGUCCUCUGUUCUCUGUUUGUCCUCUGUGUCCCCUGUCUCCAGUCAUUGAGGUGGCCUCUGGGGAGUAUGGGGACCUGAACUCGGUGCUGUUUGAGGCUGUGCAGGGAGGACUCUGCUCAGAGGAGGGCAAGAAGAACUCCAGUGACAAGAGUGACCCAGCCUCUUCUGGCCACUCUAACAGUCACAGUGUGAGUCUUGGCACACUGACCUACAGGACUCACUUACCAUCACAGUCCCGCACCACUGACCUACAGCACUCACAGUCAUGCAGCGUGAUGAGAUCACUCAGGAGUCACUCACUCAGUCAAUACCUAUACGUCUUUACCUAUUCACUCAUUGCAUGUCUUUUCAACUCCAACUCCAACUGUGUAAGGGAUCUAAUUGAGUGUGUCCUGUCCUCUGUCUGUCUGUCUGUCCACAGGAUACGCAGUACACAGGAACGAUGGAGAAACACAGCUUUGCCACCAGUACCUGGUCACAGUUCUGCGUUUUGUUCAGAAGAACACUAUUAACGAUAUGCAGGGACACGGUAAACAAUUGACAUAAUAAUAAUUCUCAAUAUUGACUUGCAUUGUGUGUGUCUGAAAUGAAUUAGUAAACUUAAAAGACAGUGAUCGAGUGAAUCAAUGAAUCAAUACAUUGUGAGUAUGAGUGAACAGCAAGUACAGUUUAUAAUGUUGCGUACUAAAUUGAGGCAUGCAUUUCUGUGUGUGUUCUCAGGUGUUGACCCACCUCAGAGUGAUGUCCCACAUAUGUAUAGGAAUUCUGAUCGGUCUGCUCUAUCUCAACAUUGGCAAUGACGCCAGCAAGGUCUUCAACAACACUGGCUUCCUCUUCUUCUCCAUGCUCUUCCUCAUGUUCGCUGCCCUGAUGCCCACCGUCCUCACCUGUAAGAGACAGCGAGAACAUGGGGAGGGUGGAACAAUCUUACCUUGUGAACAUGUUCUUGCAAUCUGGUCCCAGAUCUGUUUGUGCUGUCUUGCCUAAUGGUCCUGUGGUCUACUCUAUGAUGUGUCCAUAGGAGUUGGUAAGACAGCACAAACAGAUCUGAGACCACACUAGUUGUUGUACUAUUAACAAGAAAUGUAUUGUACUCAUACGUGGUUUAUGUGUUUCACAGUUCCUCUGGAGAUGUCAGUGUUUCUGAGGGAACAUCUCAACUACUGGUACAGCCUGAAGGCCUACUUCCUGGCCAAAACCAUGGCGGACAUACCCUUCCAGGUGAGCUGCUGGCAUCGAUGUGUGACUAAGUUGACUUUGAUGUAUUUUUCUUUACAAAACAGCAAGAUAAGAGAAUACCUUAUGGUCUCUUCCUUAGGGCAUGACACAGUUACAUUAAAUCUGUCUCUGUAUGUGUUUCUCUCUUUCUCCCUCACUCUCUUUCCCACUCUCCCCUCCCUCCCUUUCUCUUUAUGUCUCCCCCCUCCCUAUCCCUCCCCCUCAGGUGAUCUGUCCCAUCAUGUACUGCAGUAUAGUGUACUGGAUGACAGAGCAGCCUCCUGAGGCAGUGCGGUACCUGCUCUUCAUGGCCUUGUCCACCUCUACAGCCCUGGUAGCCCAGUCCCUAGGCCUCCUCAUUGGGGCCGCCUCCACCUCCUUACAGGUAAUGCACAUCACAUGGGUCAGCAGUUUACAGACCGGUACUACCACAAACAACCGACCGUCGGUCGGCCAAUCGGCCUGUGCCGCACAGCAGAUAUUCAAGAUUUCUGGAAGGUUCCUCUUUUAGGUUUCCUAUUUUAGAAUGAUAUAGCAGUCUGCUCCUGCACACUGACUCACUCACCUACCCACUCACUGCCUCAGAGGAGUUGUAGUGUUGUUUUUUGAAUAACUGACCUUUGCCCUCUAGGUGGCGACCUUCGUGGGCCCAGUCACAGCCAUCCCAGUACUCCUGUUCUCUGGAUUCUUUGUCAACUUUGACACCAUCCCCAAGUACUUGCAAUGGAGCUCCUAUGUGUCCUAUGUCAGGUGGGUCUGCUCUGGUGGGGCUAUGAAGGCCUUUGAAUCCUUUCCUUUGCUACCUUUGUGCUCAAGCGGAGGACAUUCAAUUAACCAAUUACAGAACAUCAUGAUGUGUUGAGAGGAUCUUAUGCUGUUUCUUCCAGCUUGGGUUAAGUGGAAUACUCUCCAACAAUCUGGCAAUCCUGCUCAUUGUGUUACUCUGUGUAAGUGUUUAUGUGUUACUCAAGCUUACAGUAAAUCAUUCAACUUCUCCUUCUCCACUUCUCCCACCAGGUAUGGCUUUGAGGGGGUGAUCCUGUCCAUCUAUGGGAUGAAUCGUUCGGAGCUGGAGUGUCCAGGGGUGGUGUGUAAGUUCCAGAAACCUGAGGAGGUUCUACAGCUACUGGAUGUGGAGGAUGCUAAGCUCUACGUGGACUUCCUGGUUCUGGGUGUGUUCUUCCUAGUCCUCAGACUGGCUACAUACCUGGUGCUCAAAUACAAAGUCAUAGCAGAGCGAUAA